AGGUUUUAACUUUUUGCAGUCGCCAUUUAUUUUUUAAAUAAUUAUUUUUACUGCGUUUAAGGAAAAUAAACAUCCAGAAUCAUUUUGUUCAAGAAAAAUAAUUACUUACAGCCCAGUGGCAGGGCGAAAAAAAAAUAAUGCUAAAGAAAAAGGUUCUCGUCUUCACAAGCAGCACAGCACAGCAGGCUUUAUCUCUGCUGUAUGUGUCAAAAAAUUUGAAACCCUACAAACCCUAUGGUAUAUCAUGCCAUGAGAAUGAGGAAGAACAAAUAAGUUUGUCUGGAAGAUUUAUGAGACACGAAGAUCUGAAUGCGAAACAAAUUCAGUGAGAAGCCUCUUUCUUAGAAUUUAUUUUUGUUAUAUAUACAAUGAAUAUACUCUAGCGGCCCCACAGGUUAAAUGCGCAGCAGACGUGCUAGAUCGGGGUGAAAGAGUUAUUUUAUUGGUAGGUACAGCGGAAAAAUGUGUACAUAUAUCUGGAUCCAAAACUCGGCCUGUGCCAACUGUUUGGUAAAACGUCGCGUAGAUAAGGACUUGUCACCUCAUUUUCGUUGGCUUAAAUAUUCGCAGUUUUAGUUGCUGGUUUUUGUGGAUUAAAUACUCAUAUAUUUUUUUUCCCGUUGAGAUACUGGUAAUGGCUGGAUCAGUGAUUCUGAGUGUUAGGGUUUGUAUUUAAGCAGGGGCGAGGAUUUGUUUUCAGGGUUUAUAGUAGGUAAUGGCGAGCUCGAUGCGCACGAGAGGGGGAGAUAAUGAGGAUUUAAAUUUACAGGGAAAGAAGAGCAGCAGGCCGGGGCCGUGGCCGCCAAGAAUGGAACCCUUGCCGCACGAUACAACUCACAAUCCUAAGGUGUUAAAAACCUGGGCCAAGAGAACGGGCUUUAAAAGCAAUUUCUCCGGCGAGACUACGGCGAGUAAUGUCAGUGACGGUGAUGGCACUAGUACAGACUUUAGCGGUGCUGCUAGGCCCCCGCCCCCGCCACCUCCUCCCCCAGGGCGUAGUGGCGGCCGGAAGGUGGAUCUGGAGGCUGGGAUGGGCAGUACUAAUGGCGGUGUUAAGGAAAUUGAGAAGGUUAAUGCUAAUGGUGGCGCUGCUCAUGUCAAUGCCAAUGCCAACGGCAACGCCAAUGCUAAUGCCAACAACAAUGCUAUACCGGUUAUUGCACCUCCGCCUGCCAGAGCCAAGAAGGGGCCCGAUCUGGAGGCACCAAAGGCAACCCGGUCAGUGCAGAGGGAAACACCGGAAAUUGAUGCCAUGUCGUCUCAUUCACAGGAUACAGAGGAUGCCAUGGGGUCCAGGCAGUCACACAUGAAGUAUGAGCUUCGAGAAAACCCCGGAUUAGUCCCAAUUUUCCUGUAUGGAGUCCAGCAUUACUUGUCGAUAGCAGGUUCUCUUGUUCUUAUACCACUAGUCCUUAUACCAGCAAUGGGUGGGAGUGAUGAUGAUACCGCAAGAGUGAUCUCAACUGUGCUUUUGGUAUCUGGAGUGACAACUCUGCUACAUUCAUAUUUUGGUUCAAGACUUCCACUAAUCCAGGGAGGUUCUUUUGUUUACUUGGCUCCAGCUCUAGCUAUUGUCAAUUCUUCAGAAUUUCAAGCUCUUAAUAGACAUAGAUUCAAGCACACAAUGAAGGAGUUACAGGGAGCUAUAAUUAUGGCUUCCACUUUUCAGAUGAUCUUGGGCUAUAGUGGAUUGAUGUCACUUUUUCUCAGGCUAAUAAACCCGGUAGUUGUUGCACCAACCGUGGCAGCAGUAGGCUUAGCAUUCUUUAGCUAUGGUUUUCCUCAAGCGGGUACCUGUAUGGAAAUUAGCAUUCCCCAGAUAUUAUUGGUUGUCCUUUUUGCUUUGUAUCUACGCAAGAUUUCUAUUUUUGGACACCGAAUAUUUCAAGUUUAUGCGGUUCCACUGGGGCUUGGGAUUACAUGGGCAUAUGCUUUUCUUUUGACGGAGGCUGGAGCUUACAAUUACAAGGGGUGUGAUCCAAAUGUACCUAUUUCAAAUAUUGUUUCAGAAGCUUGUAGAAAGCAUGUUUUCACAAUGAAUCAUUGUCGUACGGAUGCUUCAAAAGCAUGGGAAUCAGCUCCAUGGGUUCGGAUUCCAUAUCCGUUUCAGUGGGGAACUCCAACCUUUCAUUGGAGAACAGGAGUUGUAAUGUGUGCGGUAUCCAUAAUUGCAUCAGUGGAUUCGGUUGGAUCGUAUCAUGCAACCUCACUUUUAGUUGCAUCAAGGGCUCCACCACCUGGUGUUGUGAGCAGAGGAAUUGGUUUAGAAGGUGUAACUAGCAUCUUGGCUGGACUUUGGGGCACUGGCACAGGUGCACAUACUCUUACUGAAAAUGUUCACACCAUUGCAGUGACAAAGAUGGGAAGCAGGAGAGCUGUGGAACUAGGUGCUGGAUUGUUAAUUCUCAUAUCACUUGUUGGCAAAGUGGGAGCUAUUUUAGCUUCAAUUCCACAAGCCAUUGUUGCUGCACUUUUAUGUUUUAUGUGGGCCAUGCUUGCAGCACUUGGUCUGUCAAAUCUACGAUACAGUGAAACAGGGAGCUCUAGAAAUGUUCUUAUUGUGGGUCUUUCUUUAUUCUUUUCUCUAUCUGUACCUGCAUACUUUCAGGGCUAUGGAGUUUCACCAGCUGCAAAUUCUCCUGUACCAAGCUAUUUUCUUCCUUAUAUAGUGGCCUCGCAUGGACCCUUUCGAACUGCUGAAUUAUGUGUUGAACACUCUUCUAUCGCUUCACAUGGUGAUUGCAUUUAUUGUAGCCUUUAUCCUAGACAACACUGUUCCAGGCAGCCGGCAAGAACGCGGAGUCUAUGUUUGGUGGCGAUCAAAAAAUGGGAGGAAUGAACCUUCUUUAGUGUGGGAUUAUGGAUUACCUUUCAGGAUUGGAAGAUUUUUCUCAUGGGUGAAGUGGGUGGGCAUAUGAGUUAAUCUUGAAGAGUAUUCUUUUUUGAAAGGUAAUGGUAAUUGGCACAAGAAAGUCCUUGUUGUAAUGUGUAACAGCAGUGUAAGUGAUACUAGAUUUUCUAAUGGCCAUGGAGCCUGAUUGGAAGAAUAGCAGUUUGUUGGUCAGCCUUUGUACUAUGUAAUUUUAGUCUCCUGAGAGACUUCUUAGGAAGAGAAUUUUUGCAGUCAGCAUUGCAUCUCAGUUCAACUUUAUGGACUUUGUAAAUUACGGUGUUUUCUCCUGAUGUAUUGGUCUGUGCACAUGGUAAAAAGUUGCAACGUCUUGCUUGAUUUGCAUUUUUUCAUACUAUGUCCUGGAUUUGAUUUUUGGAUUCUAUUGCCAGGCAUAAAUGUAUGUGAGCUAAAUUGCCGGUCACUACUUCAGUUACAAGCUAGUUUAUGGCUUUUGUUCAUGCAUAUACCCUCUACAUAAGAAUGAGGCAAUGCAAUGUAAUACUUGUAAUGUGAGUACCUAAAUGAAUAGUAUGGUAUAUACUAUAUAGUCCUUUGGGACCAUUGCUUUUUCAGAA